AACACUGUUUUUUAAAACUUAGUAAAAAUGAGGGGCGGUUCUGAUCUGAGUUAUUUUAGCAGUGUAUUCUACAGUAUUUAAAGGUGUAUUUGUCGUCUUUUUAAAUCUUUUUGAAAGAAUCUACUGAGUCUGUAAAAACAACGAAGCUGAUGAUUGGAAGGGAUAUCACUAACUGGGAAAUACUUCCUUCUGUUACGUGUGGUCUUCGUUGCAAGUGUGUCCUGUCCAUCUAAUCCGAGCUUUGAAAGAUGGAUCUUCAAACUUCUGUUAUUCUCGGAUGCACCACUAACAACUUCUGUGAUUGUGGAGAGCGUGCUUCACUUCUGGGCUUUUUUGUUUCUCCACCACUAAAGUGGAAAAAGGAAUUCCUUCCCUUGUAGCCUGAAACUAAGGUCUGUCAAUGUUUUCUGUUACAGACAAGCUGAUGGUCGUAAAGUCCUGCGGUCAAGUAUACGAGAAUUCCUGUGUAGCGAGGCUAUGUUUCAUCUAGGAAUACCAACAACAAGAGCCGGAACAUGUGUGACAUCUGACUCCAAAGUUGUUCGUGACAUAUUUUAUGAUGGAAAUCCAAAAAAUGAAAGGUGUACAGUUGUCCUGAGAAUAGCUUCAACAUUUAUAAGGUUUGGAUCUUUUGAAAUUUUUAAGCCUACUGAUGAACAUACGGGGCGCAAAGGUCCUAGCGUUAACAGAAAUGAUAUUCGAAUACAAAUGCUCGAUUAUGUGAUCGGCACUUUCUAUCCAGAAAUCCAGGAGGCUUAUUCUGAUAACAGUAUUCAGAGAAAUGCUGCUUUCUUUAAAGAGAUAACAAAACGGACAGCAAGAUUGGUUGCUGAGUGGCAGUGUGUUGGUUUUUGCCAUGGCGUGCUGAAUACAGAUAAUAUGAGUAUAGUUGGACUAACUAUUGACUAUGGCCCUUUUGGAUUUAUGGACAGAUAUGACCCUGAACACAUUUGCAAUGGUUCUGAUAAUACAGGGCGCUAUGCUUACAACAAGCAGCCAGAAAUUUGCAAGUGGAAUCUAGGGAAGCUUGCUGAAGCUUUAGUUCCAGAGCUGCCUCUGGAAAUAAGUGAACUCAUCCUGGAAGAGGAAUACGAUGCAGAAUUUGAGAAACAUUAUUUGCAGAAGAUGAGGAAGAAGCUAGGUCUAAUUCAGCUGGAAUUAGAAGAAGAUAAUAAGCUGGUGUCCGAACUUCUUGAAACUAUGCAUCUCACAGGCGGGGACUUCACAAAUAUUUUCUACUUGCUGAGUUCAUUCCUAGUAGAUUCUGAUCCUUCAAGACUGGAAGAUUUCUUAGAAAAGCUAGCAACCCAGUGUGCUUCCCUGGAAGAACUGAAAGUUGCUUUCAAACCUCAGAUGGAUCCAAGACAACUGUCAAUGAUGCUAAUGUUGGCUCAGUCUAAUCCUCAGUUGUUUGCAUUAAUUGGAACAAAAGCUAAUAUAAAUAAAGAACUAGAGCGCAUUGAACAAUUCUCUAAACUGCAGCAGUUAACAGCAGCUGAUUUACUUGGUAGAAAUAAAAGACAUUGGAAAGAAUGGCUGGAGAAAUAUAGAGUCCGUUUGCAAAAAGAAAUAGAAAAUGUUAGUAAUGCUGAUGUCUGGAAUACUGAUCAUGUGAAGGUUAUGAAUUCAAAUAAUCCAAAAUACAUCUUGAGAAAUUAUAUUGCCCAGAAUGCCAUAGAAGCAGCUGAAAAUGGGGAUUUCUCAGAGGUUAGAAAUGUAUUGAAACUUCUAGAGAAUCCAUUCCAAGAAACAGAAAGUUUCAGGGAGGUGAAGGAAGAAGCAGAAGAGGAGGGAACAGCUGCUGCAGCAGCUGCUUGUGCUGAAGUGACCAGAAGUAGACUACCAUAUUGUAGCAAACCUCCAUUGUGGGCUUCAGAGCUCUGUGUUACAUGAUCUUCGUAACUGCCUUGUUUGAUUUUUUUUUUUUUUUUUUUUUUUGCUGUAAACUGAAGAUUCUAAUCCUUCUUCAGCAGUGAGGAAUUCAGCAAGGCAAACAUGAAAGUACUAUGAAGUUACUGAAAACAACCCUACAUUUGGAUGUAUCUGCAACAAUCUUCAGCUGUGCUUAAUUUGAAGCAAUUGUGGAUCAUGAGUUUAACCAAACCAGUGACAAUUGACAGGCUAUAUACAUCAUUCAUUUAAAUGAGACUGAAAAACUUUCCUGUACUCAUACUGCACUGCAAGUAGAAAGCAAUAUUUUAUGUUGAAGCACACAGAACUUUGAAAAUCCAAAUGGAGUUGUUCUUAAGUGAAGACAAAAAUAGCAAGUCAGGAAUCUGAUCUGUUUUUGUCUGAUGUCUUAACUGAUAGUACUUUUACCAUUUACUUACUGCUUUUUCUAUGCAGGGACUUCUGAUGCUCUUUAAUGGAGGAAUAGGUUCAGUGUUGCUUGUUCUGAAGCUAUGAUUCAUUUAAUAUUACGUAGAUCAUUUCUUGUGAACUUUCAGAAUGAUAUUUAAUCAUAAUCUGUUUUUAGAGAAUUUGUGCAGGCUGGGGUUUGUGGGGGAAUCUAUCUUUUUUUUUUUGUAAUACACAAAAAGGGUAGAAUUAAGGGAGAGUAUUUAUUUGCACUUAAUCAUGGUGGAAAAGUUUAUUCAGGUUCAGUAUGUUUGCAUAUAAAUAUACACAUGUAUAAAUACUUAUAAACUGUAGCCAUAAUUUUUAAUAAGAUGACUCAAUCAAGGUCAGAUAGCCAAAUUAGCUUAAACUCUCUGAACUACCCAGUACUCAAAUACAGGUUCAUGAACUCUUUACCUGUAUAUUCUUAAUGUAGUAUGUUAAGCAUGCAGGUGGGGUACCUGUUUGUUCACAUCGGUCAGUGGGAUUCUUCCAUUCCCACUUUGGUCUUGUACCACUUAGUUUCCUUCCAUGGUCUUCAAAAAUUUCUACACUGAAAGUUGCCAAACAGGAACAGCAUAUUUGAGCUUGUAUAAACGAUUUUCUACUUGUUAACUUAUGCUGUUUUGUUUUGAGACUGGUCAAAUACUUCACGUAACUAGGGAAAGCUGAAAACUGUUGAUAUCAAGCUACUUGUAAUACUAGACAGUUUCCUCUUGUUAAAAAUGUCUAACAGGCCAUCUGAAGUAUGAAGUUCUUUCAGUAUAGAAAAUGAACAGAGAAAAUGUUUUGCUUAAAACUUGAUUAGUGUGAGUGUAACAAGGAGAAUGAAGCAGUACAGUUUGAGUAAAUGUAAACAUUUGAGAAAGGCUGCUUGUUUUAAAGUUGAUAGUGAGAAUAAGACAAGCUUUUAUUAAUAACUUUGUGCUUGAAGCUUUCUCUUGUUUCUAGUCAGGUCAGACUAUUGCAUAGUUCUCUGAAAACAUGAAACUUUCUUCUUUAGCCACAGUUAACAGGUAACAUGGCCUUAAUAAUCAGAUGCAAAUCUCAUUUUCCACUUCCAGAAUUAUUGACUGUAGAAAUACAUGGAGGACGUAGUAGAUAACUUGCUCAGAAAUUAUCCAUUGCUAGUAUUCUAUUUCUACUCAAUUUUCUUAUGUUGAACUUAAGCAGUAAAAUUGAUUUUUAUAUACCUGGUUAAAGUUAUUACCACUAUAAUUUCUUAAGUAUUUCUCAUUUGCCUAUUUUUGGUGAUGCAUACAUAUGACACGUAUCUUGCCUAUGAAAAUAAUGGGAAACCAUCAGAUUGACAGCGAAUGUAAAAGUCUGUUCUUGGCUGAGUCCUUUUUAAAAGAAGGUAGAACAGCACUAAACUUCCAUAUCACAAGUUGUUUCUGCAAGAGUUGUCAGAAUCUCUGAUCAUCCUGAGGGAAGCUGGUUGCUACUAUUGCUAUCUCAAUUAAAAGGGGGAAAAAUUGAUCUUUUCUGUUCUGUAGUUAAAGUUAGUGCUUAGCUUUCUGAACCUCUUUGUAGAGGAAACUACUAGUGACUCAGACAUUUGAAAACUUGGAAAAAGUGUGAUUUCAUGCAGAGAUUGCACUUUGCCAAAGAGACUGCUGCCUUACACUGUGAGUUUAAGCGUACUCUAAAUUCUUCCUUCUCCCCACCUUCAAAUGCAGGUUGGGUAUUAACUCCGGUUGACUGAUUCUGUUUUAAGUCUUCCUCAGAAUAUGAACUAUGGAAAAACAGAACAGUUGAGCUACUGUGUACCUCUCUACGUUAGUAAUCCAUUUGUCCUGGUUGCUACCACAAUAAAUAGCUGAUGCCUUGAAUAGGAA